UGCUCGCCCGCCGGAGCCGCACAGCCAGCCUCCGACCCACCGCGGCAGGCGCUGCCCUCCCUCUCUUCCUUCUCCCUGUCUGUGCGUCUCCGCGGUGGAGGAGCUUGAGCGUUGCUGGGAGCCAGGCUCGGCGGCACCAUGGCGGUGGAGGAAGAGGGGCUCCGGGUUUUUCAGAGCGUCAGGAUUAAAAUAGGAGAAGCCAAAAAUCUUCCUACGUAUCCGGGGCCAAACAAGAUGAGGGAUUGCUACUGUACUGUAAACCUGGACCAGGAGGAGGUUUUCAGGACCAAAAUAGUGGAGAAAUCACUAUGCCCCUUCUAUGGAGAAGACUUUUACUGUGAAAUUCCUCGGAGUUUUCGUCACCUGUCAUUUUACAUUUUUGAUAGAGAUGUUUUCCGAAGGGAUUCCAUCAUAGGAAAAGUAGCUAUACAGAAGGAAGAUCUGCAGAAGUACCAUAACAGAGACACCUGGUUUCAGCUACAGCAUGUUGAUGCUGAUUCAGAAGUACAGGGAAAGGUACACCUAGAGCUGAGACUGAGUGAAGUUAUAACAGACACUGGUGUCAUUUGCCAUAAGCUUGCAACACGAGUUCUAGAAUGCAAAGGCCUCCCAAUAGUGAAUGGACAAUGUGAUCCCUAUGCCACAGUUACCUUAGCAGGACCAUACAGAUCUGAAGCCAAAAAGACUAAAGUUAAAAAGAAGACAAACAAUCCGCAGUUUGAUGAAGUGUUUUAUUUUGAGGUAACCAGACCUUGCAGCUACAACAAAAAAUCCCAUUUUGAUAUUGAAGAUGCCGACGAGGUGGACAAAAUGGAGAUUAGAGUAGACCUUUGGAAUGCCAGCAACUUGAAGUUUGGAGAUGAGUUUCUAGGAGAGCUAAGACUUCCUUUAAAAUGUCUCCGACAAUCCAGCUCUUAUGAAGCAUGGUAUUUCCUGCAGCCCAGAGAUAAUGGCAACAAGUCAUUGAAGCCAGAUGACCUUGGUUCCUUAAGGUUAAAUGUGGUUUACACUGAGGACCAUGUUUUUUCCUCAGACUAUUACAGCCCACUUAGAGACCUCCUGUUAAAAUCUGCAGAUGUUGAGCCUGUUUCAGCAUCUGCUGCACAUGUGUUGGGUGAAGUUUGCAGAGAAAAACAGGAAGCAGCCAUACCUCUGGUUAGACUUUUUUUACACUAUGGCAAAAUUGUGCCUUUCAUCAGUGCAAUUGCAAAUGCUGAAGUGAAGAGAACUCAAGACCCCAACACCAUUUUCAGAGGAAAUUCAUUAACUUCCAAGUGCAUUGAUGAGACCAUGAAACUGGCAGGGAUGCAUUAUCUUCAGGUUACACUAAAGCCAAUUAUAGAUGAGAUCUGCCAGCUCCACAAAUCUUGUGAAAUUGAUCCUGUGAAGUUAAAAGAUGGUGAAAACCUGGAAAAUAACAGGGAAAAUCUGAGGCAGUAUGUUGACCGCAUUUUUACUGUCAUUACGAAAUCUGGGGUGAGCUGUCCUACAGUGAUGUGCGAUAUUUUCUUUUCACUGAGAGAGUCAGCUGCCAAACGUUUUCAAGGUGACCCAGAUGUACGGUAUACAGCUGUAAGCAGUUUCAUUUUCCUGAGAUUCUUUGCUCCUGCAAUUCUUUCUCCAAAUCUCUUUCAGCUUACACCACACCACCCAGAUCCUCAGACCUCUAGAACAUUGACACUUAUCUCUAAGACCAUACAAACAUUGGGCAGCUUAUCAAAAUCUAAAUCUGCCAGCUUCAAGGAAUCUUACAUGGCAACUUUUUAUGACUAUUUUAAUGAGCAGAAAUAUGCAGAUGCAGUAAAAAAUUUCUUAGAUUUGAUUUCAUCCUCUGGGAGGCGAGAUCACAAGAGUAUAGAGCAACCCAUACUGCUUAAAGAAGGGUUUAUGAUCAAAAGAGCGCAAGGAAGAAAACGAUUUGGUAUGAAAAACUUCAAGAAGAGAUGGUUUCGCCUGACUAACCAUGAAUUUACCUACCAGAAAAGCAAAGGUGAUCACCCACUGUGUAGCAUUCCGAUAGAAAACAUUCUGGCAGUGGAGAAAUUGGAGGAGGAGUCCUUUAAAAUGAAAAAUAUGUUCCAAGUGAUUCAGCCUGAGAGAGUCCUGUACAUCCAGGCAAAUAACUGUGUCGAGGCCAAGGACUGGAUUGACAUACUUACUAAAGUUAGCCAGUGCAACAAGAAACGCCUCACAGUCUACCACCCUUCCGCAUACCUUAAUGGACACUGGCUGUGCUGUAAGGCCACUGCAGAUAAUACUCCUGGCUGUACGCCCUGCACUGGAGGCCUCCCUGCAAAUAUACAACUAGACAUAGAUGGAGAUAGAGAAACUGAACGCAUCUACUCCCUUUUCAACUUAUAUAUGCCUAAAUUGGAGAAAAUGCAAGAGGCCUGUGGCAGCAAAUCUGUAUAUGAUGGGCCAGAACAAGAAGAGUAUUCAACAUUUAUCAUUGAUGACCCAAAGGAGACUUAUAAAACACUAAAGCAGAUCAUAGAAGGUGUUGGAACUUUGGAACAGGAACAUGCUCAGUAUAAGAGGGAUAAAUUCAAGAAGACAAAAUAUGGAAGCCAGGAACAUCCUAUUGGGGACAAGAGUUUCCAGAGUUACAUCAGGCAGCAAUCUGAAAUCUCAGCACAUUCCAUUUAAAGUGUGAAGGAAAUCACAGGAUGGUGCUGAAGGGUCAAAUCGAUGAAGCG